CCCCGCCCCCUUUCCAGGCCAAAGCAACGAAUAAAAAGCGUUAAAUGGUUAACGGAACCACCACCACUUGAGUAGCUGAAGCGGCUGUUCCACGCUACGUUUCGAUUUCGCUCUCCGAAAACGAAAUUUUGUAUUAAAAAAUGAAAAAAGAAAAGGCUUUUUGACAACGACACGCGUCAGCUACGUUCCUUAGCUAACAGACCCCAAAAAGAAAAAAAAAAAUCAAGAAACAAUGCUUUUACAAGUAUUCUAGAAACGAUAGAGAGAAAGAGAGAGAGAAAGCUUUUCCUUCCGUUUGGAGAGAGAAAAGCCCGCCUUGUAACCUAAAGCAACAGAUUUUCUUUUCUCAUUUCUUUUAAGCUCUGGCUUUGAUUAUUAUAUAUAUAUAUAUAUGUAUAAAGAAAUAAGGAGAGAAAUUGAAAAUUCAAUCAUCCGUUUUUCGUGAAUUUAAUCUCUCUUAAUUCUUGUGAAAUGAAUGCGGUUUUUUUGGAGCAACGAGCUGUAACAGAGAAUCGUACAGAUCUGGAAGAUUUGCUGGGAUAUUAAGUAACAGCGUCUCAUUAUUUCUGAGAUUUUCUGCGUUUGUUUGGUUGCAGAUACAAUUCUGAUCUCGAUCUCGGAUACAAAUUACAAUGCCUGGAGAGGUAAUUUCGGUUCAAGAAAAUGAAAGGUUCAGAAAGGAAGGGAAUUUGGAUUUCGAGACGUCUGAGGACGAGAAAAGAAGAACAACGCGAGGGAGAUCUUUGAAGAAAAAAGCGAUGACUGCUUCAACGAAGCUAACGCAUGGUCUAAGGAAGAGAGGUAAACGCGUUGCUGAUGGCAAAUACGCUGCAAUUUCAAUCGAGGAUGUAAGAGAUGCGGAGGAAGAGAAAGCAGUUAGAGCUUUUCGCCAGGCAUUGCUUGCGAAAGAUCAGCUUCCGCCACGUCAUGAUGAUUACCAUACUUUGUUAAGAUUUUUGAAAGCACGGAAAUUUGACCUUGAUAAAACAAUCCAGAUGUGGGAAGAUAUGCUAAACUGGAGGAAAGAGUACGGAGUAGAUACUAUUAUACAGGAUUUUGUAUAUGAUGAAUACGAAGAAGUCCAGCACUGUUACCCGCACGGCUACCAUGGUGUAGACAAACAGGGUCGCCCUGUUUAUAUUGAAAGAAUUGGUAAAAUUGACCCUACCAAGCUGAUGAAGGCCACUACAGUGGACAGAUUUUUGAAAUAUCACGUACAGGGUUUUGAGAAGGCUUUCAUGGAGAAGUUUCCAGCUUGUUCUAUUGCUGCGAAGAGGCACAUAGAUUGUACAACCACAAUAUUAGAUGUGCAGGGGUUGAACUGGAUGAGCUUUGGCAAGGUUGCACAUGAUCUUGUAAUGCGCAUGCAGAAAAUUGAUGGUGACAACUAUCCUGAGACUUUGCAUCAAAUGUACAUAGUUAACGCUGGAAGUGGAUUCAAACUACUAUGGAACACAGCAAAAGGCUUUCUUGAUCCAAGGACUACUGCAAAGAUUCAUGUUCUUGGGAACAAAUUUCAUAAUAAAUUAUUGGAGAUUAUUGAUCCAAGCCAAUUGCCAGAGUUUCUUGGUGGAACUUGUUCAUGCCCUAAUGAUGGUGGGUGUCUUAGAUCAGACAAGGGACCCUGGAAUAACCCAGAAAUAAUGAAGUUGAUACAUUCGGGAGAUGCCUUGUACUCGAGGAAAACAGAAAGUUCUUCCGAGAAUGACAAUUUGGAAGUCAAGUUUUUGUCUACUAAGGUUGCAAGUAGUGAAAUAUCUUAUGCUGAUUCAGUAUCUGAUAUGAGGCCAGAUACCUUAGAUUUCAUGCAACUAGUGUCACUGUCUGACAAAGUAAGGAUGAAUGGUUCUAAUUCUAUGCAUGGCAUUACUGAAUCAGAAAUUGCUGCAAGAAUUGAAGACGCUAGUUCAAUAAAUAAUCUAACUCCGGAUAUUACUCCAAGGAAUCCAGGAAAGAAGUUUGGUCUCCAUGUAAUGAGUUUAGUGCUUCACUUUGUAUUCAAAUUGUUAGCAUGUAUGUAUUUCUUAGUCCCUGGACUGGGAAGAUUUUUAGAAGUGCAAGAUGCAAGACGACAAACAGAAAAUGAGUCAAAUCCCCAGAUGGCAGGCUCAGGCUCUCUAGACAAUGGUAUUUUGUCAGAAGUAGAAGAGGACUCACUCCAUCCAUGCUGGCAGAGGCUACAACAUUUGGAAACGUUGGUAACGGAGCUUUAUAACAAACCCACGAAAAUUCCUCCUGAAAAAGAAGACAUGCUUCUUGACUCAUUGAAUCGUAUUAAAUCUAUUGAACAAGAUUUACAGAGAACAAAGAAAGCAUUGCUUGCAACUGCAUCAAAACAAGUAGAGCUUGCUGAGUCAUUGGAACAUUUAAAAGAGAACAACUUACCUCAGGGGACAUAUUCAUGUUGGCGAAGAAAUUAUAAACCUUUGAACCCAGGAAGAUGAAAUUGCAGUUUGCGUGUUUGCUUGAUUGUGCUGAGGUAGCCAAUAUGCAUCUUCUGUUGUCUCUCAACAAUGAUAAAACUGCAAGAUUUGGAAUUCUUUUGGCUGAUUCAAGCAGUCAAGGUUGAUGCAAGGCAGCUGUCAGAUCACUGGAGAGAGCUAGUAUGUGGGAAUUAAAUUCUCUGUGAGAAGAAGCAUGCUAGGUAUAGAUGCAGUUGUGCAUAUAGGUUUUAAAGUUUCUGUACAUAGUAUGAUUUUCCCCCCAUUUUUUGGUCUUUGUCGUAGAGAACAAGUAUACGAGCGAACUCGUUCAUAACAAUAAACAUACACAUUAAAAGGAAAUUAGAGACAUGUUUCAGCA